GCUACCGCUAUGGCAGCUAAAAAUGUGCCAAUGACAGCAGUGAUCGCAGUAGCUGGCGAGCCGGCCUACCUUCCUUGUGACAUUGCCACCCAAGAUGAGGAUGACGCCGUCCUGUUGGUUUUAUGGUAUAGAGAAGAUUUAGGCACGCCUAUUUACAGCGUGGAUGCAAGAGAAAAAGACUUUGGUGUAGCAGAACGGUGGUCAGACGAAAGUGUAUUCGCAUCGAGAGCCUACUUUUUACCUGACAAAAGACCAGCGGAACUCGGCGUUGACAGGGUCAGAGCGACAGACCAGGGGAUAUACAGAUGUAGAGUGGAUUUUAAGCAAGCUCAAACAAGAAAUUCAAGAGUCAAUUUAACAGUAAUUGUGCCUCCAACCAAAAUGAUCAUAACAGAUGAAAAGGGUGAUGUUAAGCAAGCAAUCGUCGGACCCUACGUCGAAGGGGAUACGUUCACGUUAAAAUGCGACGUAUCUGGAGGUCGUCCACGUCCCUGGGUUAAAUGGUUCAAAAACGAAGUGGAAACUGAUACCCCGGCAACAGCGCUUCAAGGGAAUACAGUAAGAGGUGUACUAAGAGUGGGCCCUCUGACUCGCACUGAUGUUCGGGCAACAUUAACUUGUCGAGCAUCGAAUCACCUGCGAGCACAUCCUAUUGAAACUACACUGACUUUGGAUAUGAAUUUUCCACCAUUGAAUGUUCAUAUACUCGGAUCAAAUCAACCUCUAUCAGCAAGUAGAAGAUAUGAUCUCCUCUGUCAAAGUUCAGGGUCUCGCCCGCCGGCGUCCAUCACCUGGUGGAAAAAUGGGCAACGGAUAAAUAACGCAAAAGAAACGCUAUCAACUGAUGGAAACACUACCACAUCGACAGUGUCCAUACAGUUGACUAAAAGUGAUGCAGGGGCCAAACUCGCAUGUCGCGCUUCAAAUCCACAAAUGUCAUCAGAACCUGCUUUGGAAGAUGACUGGCUGUUAGAUAUCCAAUAUGUUCCGGAGACCGUGGUACGGUUGGGCACUAAUUUAGACCCGACCAAUAUCAGAGAAGGCACGGACGUGUACUUUGAUUGCAUCAUUAAAGCCCAUCCCUACGUUUAUAAAGUCGAGUGGAGGCACAACGGAAAAACUCUUCAUCACAACGUGGGGCAGGGUAUUAUCAUCAGCAAUCAGUCACUUGUUCUUCAAGGAGUGGGAAGGCGGACAGCUGGCAACUAUACUUGUGUUGGUUUCAACGCUGAGGGAGAUGGAGAGAGCAAGCCAUUCUCUUUGGACGUUUUGUACGCUCCGACAUGCAGAAGCUCUCAACAGAGAGUACACGGUGUCGCAAAACAAGAGCGUGCUCAUAUAACGUGCCACGUUGACGCCAAUCCGCCUGAAGUCAGUUUUCGAUGGACUUUCAACAAUACGGCCAAUAACAAUGAAGUCAGUAACACUUACGUUUCAAGAUCUGGCACAAGUUCCACAGUGACAUACACGCCUCAUACCGAGAUGGACUACGGAACCCUUUUAUGCUGGGCGCACAAUCGUAUAGGAAAGCAACGGGUGCCCUGUGUUUACCACAUUAUUGCUGCAGGUCGACCCGAUCAAGUUCACAAUUGUACACUGGUAAAUGCGUCACUUACAUCAUUCGGAGUUCGUUGUUCAGAAGGAUUUAACGGAGGCAUGCCGCAAUCAUUUUUAUUAGAAGUUAGAGAUAUAGUUACCCAGGAGAUAGUGGCUAACGUGUCGAGUGCGGUCCCACGGUUCACAGCAGGUGGUCUUAUACCAGGACACACGUAUGCUGCUGCUGUUUUAGCAUACAAUGCCAAAGGAAGAGGAGAUCCGUAUCCUUUGAGAGCAAGCACGCUGCGACCGCCCGAGAAGCACCAUGUUCAUGAUAAGAGUUUAGAUGUACCGAAAACUGCCUUCCAAAUGUCCGGAGCGAUGUCAGCAGCGGUAGGCGGUGGUGGUGUUUUUAUGGUUUUGCUUGUACUCUUCAUGAUUGCUGUGCGUCAAAGGUGUACUAAACGCAAGCUGCGUUCGGGAGGUCAAUCUUCCCAGCCAGCUUCCCCGGAUAAACUACGAGAAAAAGAUGACAGUGAAAGUGAUGAUAGAAACCCGGAUAUAAUUCCAUCGGAUACGGAUCAUUUGCAGCAGGUAGAAUAUUUUCGACAACAACAAGUGUCUACAAUAUCACCACCGAACAACAGGGCGCCGCGAGGGAGCAUCGCCGGGGUCCGUGGCAGUAUACCCGGAUACUGCCCACUUCGGACUGCACCUCCGCCCUCCCAUCCCCCUAUACACGAUAAUCCCACUUCAGCGCCGGGGAUACCGCCACCAGCUGGGUUUGCGGGUGGCUCCUGUACGCUACCCCGCAACACGGGUGCCGCGAACGAUCGCUGCAUCCCGCUUCAGCACUUGCGCACGUUGCCCCGUGCGCACCCACACGCGCACCCACAGGUGCACCCGCACGGCCACUCGCACCCACACCCACACCCACCACGCGACACGCCCCUUUGA